AUGUACAUAACCUUCUGGCCUGAGUUUGCUCGACGGGCAGAAGAGUUAUAUGCUGCAUCACCCACAAAGACACGUUACGUGGUGAAAUACCGCACAGAGAAGAACUUGUUAGUACUCAAAAUAACAGACGACGUCACAUGUUUGCAACAUAAAACUCACAGCUCCCUCCUUCUAAAUCGCUUUGAUGCACUCAACCUCCAGCUCAUGAAACGCAUGCGCGCGAGACCAGACCCACCAGCCCUGGUGGAGGACGCCAUGGCGGUUGACGAUCGAGCUUCUGUGCCUAAGGCCGAGGAGGUGAAGGGAAGUGGGCAGCCGCAUGUGGCAUCGAGUGCUGGGGCGGGGGGAGGAGGGAAGAAGAAGAAGAAGAAGGGGAAGAAGUAG